CAGCAAACGAGAGAGAAAGAGAUGGAUGAGCAUCAUCAUUUAUGAAGCUCCGUGCAUAUAGGCCUAUAGUGCGAUCAGUAGUUUAUUGCCGCUCCAUUUUGCAUCUAUACACAAUAUCAAAAGGAGCGGUGUAUAAAUAUCCCCCCCACAAACCCUCUUACCCCCUACCGAGAAUUCAUGAAUGCGCAUGUAUCUAUGCAGCUACUACACCACCACCAGUCUGCGGUGUAGUAUACAUUUAUCCCAUUCUUUCUAGCCGUGUUCUCAACGACGUUGAAAUCAGAAGCGUGAACACUAAUAAUAGAUUAGGCCCUCAAGUGUUGUAGGUACUAGGCCCUUUUGCUCCGAAUGGGAAAGAAUAUUUUCAAGUGCCUCUACUGACCGAUAAUAACCAUUUACGGUCAUCUGUAUACACCAUUGGCGAGAUGUGUCCAGCUGCCACGGGAAAAGGAAAGAAAGGUGUGUGCUGGAAAAAGUUGAAACGUUUUCCAAUAUAAUUGGUGGAACAAACAAAUGUUCAUCGAUGACAUUUUCGCAUCGCCUUUUUUUUCUUUUGGGGGUGGGACUCGAUAAUUAACGCCAUAUCGUCGAGACUGUUUAAGUGUUUAGAUAUAUACACACACACACACACAGCGGGAUAGAUAUAUGCAUGACAAGCGUGUGAUGGAAAGUUCCCAGCGCUAAUUGGCCAUCGUAAAUCUGCUGCCUUGUCCGAGAUGAUCUAAACUGCUUCUUCCCACAGGAGUAGCCCAUAAACGUUCGUCAUGGCCACAGCAAAAGUGAUUACAGCACCAUAAGAUAUAGCGCCCUGUUGUCGUCCAGUCUCACCGUUUCAAAGUAACAUGAAUCUCUUUUUCUCCCGCAUCUCUCCCUGCAACUAAUGUUUGCGCGUGAAUCAAAUGCUCCCAUCGGGAGACCUAGCACCGGAGAAGUAUAACCACCACUUAGCGAUGUCGUACGAGAUUCUGUUCUGGGUAAACACCCGUUUGUCAUAUCAGAAAACCCGCCCUCUCUCUCGGCCAUAUCAAGGUGCGAACAACGUGAUCAAAUAAACGCACAGUUGAUGUAUAUGCCGAAUACGAUAUGACCAUCCCCCCAGCCCUAUGCUGGCGUGAUCACUCUGCGCCUGUCCCUCGGCGCACUAUGCACCUUCCUCACGCUCCUGAAGAGAGAAAAGAAGAUUAUUUACGACUUGUUAUUUUCUUAUGUAUUUUUCUCUCUCUCUCGUUUUCAUUCGAUGGCAUUGAAGAGGAAGACCAGCACAGCAGUUGCACAGGUGAUUUUACAAUUUUGGUCGGAAACAUCCGCUCGGCUACUGCCAGUUUGUCGCAAGACGCUCCGCUGAACUGAACGCGUGAUGACGGAGCGGAAGCCAAACAAUCGCAAGGAUUUUUCCAUCGAGCGCAUCCUCGGUGUUGAGCGCUCGGACGAUCGGCAAGAGAUAGCGGCGGUUAUUAAAGACGUUGAAUUAUCAGCCGCCAGCAGUUCCAGCAGCAGUAGCAGUUGCGAUGAAGAAGAUUUAUUCCGCCGCAACAUUGAAGGGACGGUGACGGGAAAUUCAUCGUCCGCUCAUUUUCCGGACGCUUCUUCCUGGUUGCAAAACAGUUACGGUUGCCCGCCAUUCUUUAACCGAGGAUGGUUCAGUCAGACCAUCCGACCGCCUUUCUUCACUCUUCAAGCACCGAAACCUGUCGGUCGGAGACAUCGCCGACCAGGAGCCGAUCGAAAACCGAGACAGGCUUAUAGUGUCAAACAACUGGAGCAGCUCGAAUCCGAAUUUAAGGUGGACAAAUACUUGAGCGUGAAUAAGCGGAUGGAAUUAUCGAAAAGCUUGUCGCUGACAGAAGUGCAGAUCAAAACUUGGUUCCAGAAUCGGCGCACCAAGUGGAAGAAACAAAUGACGGCUCGAUUUAAACUAAGCGCGGCUCCUUCGCCUAUCGACUCGGCCAGCGGUAGGCCAUUCAUCAGCUCGACGGUGCCAUCGUUGUGGAUGGUUGAUUGGACGUCGUCAGCCCAACAACACCAAACAUCCCAGCAGCAGCAUCCAGUGGCUAAUAACAACGUCGUGUACAACAGCAAUCUGUCGCCUUGGAAUAAGACGAUCCAGUCCCAACAACAGCCAGCGGCAGCCGGAAGGCGAUUCGACGAUCAUCAUCUUCUUAUUCCUUGUGUCGUCGGACCGGCUCCUAUCGACUCCCACAGGAGCGACACUCCGUCACAGCAGCCAUAGAAAUAUAUACAGCGCCCAGCGGCGACCAACCGCUGCUGUCGCCAAUCGACGGAAAUGUAUCCAAUUUGACACCAUCCCUCAGUCGGAGCGCGCACUCUCUCCUAUAUUUAAUAUCACUUGUAAUAUAUACCAGAGCCAAAGGCAAAAGAAGAAAAAGAAGAGAAGAAUUGAUCGAAAAUUGUCGUCGCCAGUUCUUUAUACAUGUCGGAAGGGGCGUUUUAUCUUGUAGCUAACAGUCGGUCGGCACACACACAUACAGCACAGGCCAUCGUGUCUGUCUGUCUCUUUUUUUCCUUUUUUCUUUCAAUAGUUUGCGCGUAUAUAACAGCAGUUUAUCAGUCCGGUACCAGACGUUACUUACACCCGUUUCGACGAUAUA